AUGUCGGCGUCAUCAACACCAUCAUCACUGUUGUCUCGAUACGAGCAAUAUGUGGCGGAAGAUGUCGCGUACCACAAAGCGUCUACGCCAGUCUCGGAAAUGCCUUCGUGCACCAACAUGUUUGACAAGUGGGCAGCGUGUUUCGCGCUAGGCCCGCAGCUGAAGGCGGUGUAUCGGUACGGUGGGCUACAAGACUGCAAGGCCAAGUUGGACGAUUUCAAGCACUGUUUGACAAUGAAAGCGCUUGCUUUUGCAGCAGGUCCACCGAAUCCAGCGAAAGAUCGGGCUGUUCUCGAACCAUGCGACGCCGAUGUGCUGGCGCGCUCGAUCUUGGGACGAGCGGUUUGCUAUGGGACGACUCUCGCCGAUGACAGACUAUCGGAUGCAGCAUUGCCUCUACCGCAUCUAAUAGCUCAUAGUGCUGUUUGA